AUGAGGUACAAAUUAAAAAAGUUAAAAUCUAAAGAGGUACAAAAUGUCAUUCGUCCAAACAGCUCGAAGAAAACAACCAAGAGUUCAUCGAACAAACUCGAUCGUCUCGUCCAAGACCAGUCGAGGAAUAGGAAGAGCGAGAGAGAGACCAUGGCAAAGUCACUGGGACCAACAGGGGAGUUCUUCAGGAGGAGGGACGAGUGGCGGAAGCACCCGAUGCUCACUAACCAGCUCCGCCACGCCACGCCUGGCCUCGGCAUCGCCGUCGUCGCCUUCGGUAUCUACCUCGUCGGCGAAGCCGCCUACAACAAGAUCUACGCUCCUUCUCACUCUCACCACUCUUCGUCUUCUUCNAUUCUUGUAGAAUUGAUAGUUGUUUGGUGUAUUAUUCAUGGACUUAUGUAG